AUGAGCAUUCCCGUUCUCUCCACCCCUCCUGAUGCCAGGACGAGCUACAUUAUCGACCAGCUCGAGGGUGAGCGCGUCACGAUCCCCGGUAGCAAGGGUGUCUUCAGAAUUUUGGCCUCGUCAAAACAGACCAACGGUGGCAUCGCCGUCUUCUCAAGCGGUGCCGUCCUCUCUGAUGCGCCUGGCUUCCACUGGCACGCCGAGGCGCACGACGUCUUCCUAGUGACCAAGGGAUACCUGAAGCUAUGGAACGGCGACAAGUGCAGAAUCAUGGGUCCUGGCGACUUCGCCUAUGUUCCCCCUAAAGUUGUACACAACCCUGAGCUUCUCGGGCCUCACACAGAAACCCUCGGGCUGGUUGCACCGGGUGACUGGGUUGACUUCUUCCGCUACGUCGCGGAGCAGUAUGAGGGUAUCAUUGUGCCAGAAAAUGACAACCGUGACCUGAAGAGCCUGUUGAUUCCCAAGGUCAUGGCCGCAAAGGAUCGGUUCGACGUAAACUUUGAGCGCAACUACACCCCUCCUGAAGUCGCAGACUGGCAAGAGUCAGAAAAUGUUCUCCCCGGCCCCUUGGAGCCGUACUUUCUCCGCGCCAACACCGGCCCCAGAUACAUCCUGGGUGGUGUGCUUUCCAGACCCUUCAUCAACGCUUCCCAGUGCAGCGGCAAGUUCGCCAUCACCAGCCUCGAGUCUUCCAAGCUAUAUGAGAAGUCCCCGCUUGCUCGGUGGUUGACGUUCCCCGAGGUGGACCACUGCUUCUGUGUCCAGGAGGGUCUUCUGAGAGUCAAGCUCAAGGAGUCUGGAUCAUGGACUGAGGUCCGGGAGGGCCAGACCCUCCUGGUCUCUGCAGGACAGGCGUUCACAUUGGAGUACGGCUCUCGGUUUGUGAGAUCUACAGUCUUCACGAACGGCCCGGGUAUCGAGACUCUCAUCCAAAAUGCUGGCGAGGCCUUCUCAAGUUUCGUCCUGCCGGAGGAGAGUGCUGCUUGGCAGGAGGAGAAGAUCAAGGAAGCUAGUGCGGCAUUGGGUGUUGUGGUUGAAUCAUUGUAA